AUGUCUAAGUCAUCAAAAACAACUGAUCCAAACUUAAUCUCACGCGGGGUAUUUGCAAGUUUGGUCAAUCUUCGCCAAACGAUUUUGCAGCAACAAUCAAAUAUCGAUAUCAGCCCCAUCGAUUCUAAAGUUGUCUUCUGUAUUGAAUCUGUCUUAACUUCAAUGAAAGCUCUUCGUUGCGUAGAGAAUUCUAAAACACUUUCUGACAUAAUUCAUAAUAUUUGGAAAACGUACAUUACUGAUUUUCUUUCAUUGAGAGAAUAUGUCUACAUUCUUGUCAGUGAUCAGUUUCAGCAAAUAUUCAAUUCCAUAGUGAAGGCUUACACGAGCAUAAAUUUUCCAUCGAUCUUCAGAGACGACACUGCCUAUGCUCAUGAUCUUUUCUUUCGUAUCUUCGAUCUUUUGUCACUUCCAGCAAUUAUGACUCUUCUAAAAAACCAAUCGAACGAUCAACUCAUGCCACAUGUAGCUAAUAUUCUGCGCAUAUUAUUACUUCAGAUGCAAAAUAUAGCAGAAGAAAUUCUAUUUAAGAAAGACGAUCUACUCAAUCGAGAAUCGACCGUUCAACCACUAUUGGAAUAUGUAGAUAUGAAUAUAUUUGAGGCUAGCAACGAUAUUCAACUAACAAUUGUCGAAGUAUUAGGAUUCAUUUGGACCCUAGUAGACAAUACUAUUUUGGUACCACAAUUACUUGAUGCCAAAUGUGCUUCAUUUACGCUUAAAUGGAUUAGUAUGAAUGAAGUAUCAUUCACUAUUCAACUUGCUAGUAUUCGACUCUUGUACAAUAUUGCCCGACAUGAAAAAGGAUGCGCUGCAUUGAAUGAAGCCAAUGCUAUUCUUCUAAUGCAACAAUUAAAGAAACGAACUUUAAAUCCAAACAUUGAUGAUCCAACCUACGAAGAUAUGCGCUUACUUUUUUCAAUGGCAAUUGCAUUGUUGACAGAGCCGAAGGAAAGUAAAAGUGAUGCGAAAUCACUCGGAAAAGUACUCGAUCAAUUGAUGCAGUUAACUGUCAAUACUGCGCAGAAAAAAAACCACAAAUAUGGUGAUUUCGAUAUUAGUGAACCAUUGGUAGUUCUUACGAAAUUAUUUGUUCAUGAUGACAUUAUGGAUUAUAUUGUUAAAGAUUCUCAAGUCAAAAACAUGAAAACAUCGUCGAAGAUCGCUUUCUUUUGUGAUCUAGUACUGCAAUUUCGAGGUGCUCUUGCAAACGAUGACGAACUCGAUCAGCUUACUCUCACAGCACUCAUGAACAUUAUCUGGAGUAUUUCAUUUCAUGAGAAAUAUGCCUACGAGCUCAAAUCCAAUGUGAAGUUUCUCUUUACUAUAAAAAGUCUCGCUAAUGACGAUGGAGAAGCUUGGGUCGAACAGUAUGUACCGAAACAUAUGUCAUCGGUGAGAAAAGCAGCUGCAGGUAUUUUGUGGAAUAUCGAUGAAAAUAAUCCAGCAAAAGUAGUUCGUCCAGGGGAAUUGACUCCGAGUGUAGACAAUCGAACGAAUAAUUCUACGAUGGCUGCAGUAGGAAAUCAACGAUUGCGUGUCAUGAUCAGUUAUUCCCAUGCAGAUGCUGAUUUUUGUCAUCAACUAGCCAACGCACUUGAAAAGGAAAAUAUUUUCGAUAUUUGGGUAGACUUUGCUUACUGUCAUACGGAAGAUCUAUGGGAAGAAAUUGGUCAAGCAAUUGAAAAGUCUGAUGUAGUGCUUUUCCUGAUGACAAAAGAUUAUCAAGACAGUAAAUCAUGUCGUCAAGAAGUAAUGUAUGCGAAAGAUUCACUAAAAAAACGCUUUAUUCCCGUUUAUGUCAAACGAGAUUUUGCAGCGACCGGUUGGUUGGGUGUACGUAUUGUGGGUCCACAAUACAUUCGUUUUGGCAAAAAAACGUUUGAAGCAACGGUCAAAGAGCUCGUAAAACUUAUCAUUGAAGAUAAGAGCGAAAAAAGUUCAACAAAGAAGAAUUCUAAAACGCCCGUUGUGGAUUCCUCUGUCAAAGCUGAAUCUAAUGAGAACGAAAAGUCUGAUCCAGAUUUAACCAAAGAAGAACCUGAAAACCUUCAUCAAAGCAAUCAAAAGAUAACUCAAGUCGCUGUGAAUAAUUCUAAACCAAUUAAAAUAUGGAACUCAAACGAUAUCUUCGAUUGGUUUGAUACUAAUAAAAUUCGUCACGAACUAAAGGAAAUGUAUGAUUUUCAUAGCGGUACCGAACUACUUCUCUACGCGCAGUGCCUUCGGCAAGACUGGGAAUCUGAGUAUCUCGAUAUACGAGAACAAUUUUCAAAACGAUACGGCGUAGUAUUAUAUCGUAACGAGUUUGUUCGCUUCGUCACUGCAAUUAAGAAAUUGGAACCAUUGCAGACGAAGCCUGCGUCGAGUACAUGUACUAUUGUAUAA